ACAUAGACAGUAUCAUUCCUUUCCCUCUUCCUCUGCCUUAGCCUGCGAACUGUAAUUUUGCACUCUCAGACUCGAGCUCUUCUACCAUCAAAGUAAAGGAAGUUUCUUAAAUAACUCAGAUGCCAAAACCCUACACCCUUUUUGCUUGGAAGAAGAAACGAAAUAAAAGGAUUUCCUAUUUUCUUUUUUUGGUUUUUGAUGCUUUUGAACGUGUGUAUUAGGAAAAUGGCAACCCUUAGAAAUCUGAAAAUCAAGACUAGUACUUGCAAACGCAUUGUGAAGGAGUUACAUUCCUAUGAGAAAGAGGUUGAGAGAGAAGCAGCUAAAACAGCUGACAUGAAGGAGAAAGGAGCUGACCCUUACGACCUUAAGCAACAGGAAAAUGUGCUGGCUGAGUCAAGGAUGAUGAUUCCUGAUUGUCACAAACGCCUUGAAGCUGCAUUAGCUGACCUGAAGGGAACUUUGGUAGUAGCUGGGGUGUGUGAUUGCUGCUCACGUAACUGGUCAGACUCUUGGUCAAGUAAUAUUUGGCUAGCAGAUAAAUCUUCCAAUUUCUUCACUGAAUCACUGCAGUUCUAAGGGUUCCAUUCUGUUAUUUUCAUAUAAAUGAUGAGAGUAGCAAGUCUUAACACCAGCAAGGUGAGAAAGAUGGUUUUUAUAGGACUUAGAUUAGUUUAGAACUAAGGGAUUAUUGAGUUUCCUGUAACUUGAGUAGCAUUCUGAACGAGAUACAACCCCAGAUGAUUCAAGGAGGAUUAGCUCCUCCUUACCUGAGACUGGCCAUUUUGAUUUUUUUUUUUUUUUUUUUUCCUUCUUUUUACCCUUGGACAGUUAUAUGCCAUUGGGUAGAACACGAGACUGGAUAUUGUGGCUUUUUGCAUAUGGAGCUCUUCUUGUUAAUUGAUUAGCCAUUUAUGGUCACAAAAAAUUCAAAAAAAAAAAAGCAGCAGCAAUGUUGCUUUCUU